AUAAUAUUUUUAAUUGGUUACUUUGUUUAUUAAGUAAUGAGGAUAUAAUAUUCUUAUUAAGUAGAUCACAUUGAUAGUGAUUUGCAAUAUAAAGAUAAAAAUGCCUAGUUGUUGUGUACCAACAUGUAAAAAUUCUUCAGCAAAAGGAUAUUUGCUAAAAUGUUUUCCAAAAAAUGAUAAGAGACGGCUGCAGUGGAUUAGAAACAUUAACAGAUCAAAUUGGUCUCCUAAUCAUUCGCAUCGUGUCUGCGAGGCUCAUUUUGCUCCUAGCAUGUGGGAAAAAACCAGAGUUGACGGUUCACGUAAAUUAAAAUAUAACGCAGUACCAACUAUUUUUGGAGAUCGCAUAGUAAAAGAUCAUCUUACGAUAGAGACUAUGGGUUCAUCUGACAAAAAUAUCGAUGAAGAUAAAGAUGCAAAGUCAUUGCAUAAUAAUUCUUUAAAAAGUAUUGUUCUUUCGAAUAAUCAGACACUGAUUAAAAUUAUACCUCCAGCUAAUUCUAGUAAUUCACAACCUACUCCAAUAUUACUUCCUGCCUCUACAAUUUUUGGAGCUCAAUCAAUAAAUCCCACAAGUGCCAUUAUAGUCAAUAGCCAAGGUACAAUUGUUAACUCGCACUCAUCUCCAAUAAUAUCCGGAGUAACUAGUAUUUUAAAGCCACAAAUAAAAACGACCAACACACAAUCAUCACCAAUGAUAAUUUCAACGAAUGCCAGUAUUUUAAAAAAUCAAAUAAAAGCUGCAAAUAGUAAAACACCAAUAAUAAUUCCUGCAACUACAAGUAUUCUUAAAUCACAAAAUACAAUGACAAGUUCACAAUUGACUUCUAUGAAUUUAACCAAUGCAAUUCAAGUAAAAACUACGAAUACUCAACCAAUAUUGAUUCCCAUGACAACUAGUGUUCUUAAUCCAGAAGUACAAACUACAAGUUCACAAGUAACUUCAACAAUUGUAACUAAUGCUGUCAUUCCAAAAGUUGAAUCAGAUGCACCAAAUUCCGAAUCACUUUCAACAAAAAAUUGUGUCAAUUCUAGUAUUAAUAGGACCGAACUAAAAAGUGUAACCCAUCUACCAACUUUAACAGCAAAGACAUCUGGCAUUAUUUUAAAUAAAGCACAGGCAAAAAAAAUAGAGGAUGAACGUUUUGAUAAAAUGGAUAAACUUUUAUUAAAGCAGUUAAAAUUAAAUAACGCUUUAAGAAAAAAAUUAAAUUUAAUGAAUCAUAAAAUACAUCAAUUGAUAAAAGAGCAGAAUAGUGAUUAUAAAGCAUUUUUGGCAGAUGUCUUUACCGAAGAUCAAAUAAGAGCUCUUGAAUUAAGGCACACUAAUCCAAAGUCUAUAACUGCUUGGUCUCAUAAAACAAUGAUGAAGGCAAUAAAAUUAAAAGAAGAAUGUGGAAUUCGUGGAUACGAGGAAUUGUUAAAUCAGAAUAUGCCACUUCCAUCUAUUCGAACAAUUUCUAGGUGGUGCACCGCAAGAAAUAUGCCAAUACCUUGAUCCUCGUUCAUUGCCAAUAUGUAUUUUUAUUUUAUUUUUAUUUCUGCUC